AUGGCCACGAUUCGACCUGCAGAGCUAUGCGACGUCGCAUUUAGGUCACGAUUUGCAUUGCAAGGCAACGCGACGGCGACAUUAGGUCACGAUUUUCCCUGCAGGGGCAAUGCGACCUCGCUCACCUCCGCCUCUCUCACCCUCCGCCUCUCUCACCUCCGCCUCUCUCACCCUCCGCUUCUCUCACCCUCCGCCUCUCUCACCCUCCGCCUCUCUCAUCCUCCGCCUCUCUCACCCUCCGCCUCUCUCACGCUCCGCCUCUCACCUCCGCCUCUCUCACCUCCGCCUCUCUCACGCUCCGCCUCUCUCACCCUCCGCUUCUCUCACCCUCCGCCUCUCUCACCCUCCGCCUCUCUCAUCCUCCGCCUCUCUCACCCUCCGCCUCUCUCACGCUCCGCCUCUCUCACCUCCGCCUCUCUCACCCUCCGCCUCUCUCACCCUCCCGCCUCUCUCACCCUCCGCCUCUCUCACGCUCCGCCUCUCUCACCUCCGCCUCUCUCACGCUCCGCCUCUCUCACCUCCGCCGCCUCUCUCACCCUCCGCCUCUCUCACCCUCCGCCUCUCUCACCCUCCGCCUCUCUCACCCUCCGCUUCUCUCACCCUCCGCCUCUCUCACCCUCCGCCUCUCUCAUCCUCCGCCUCUCUCACCCUCCGCCUCUCUCACGCUCCGCCUCUCUCACCUCCGCCUCUCUCACCUCCGCCUCUCUCACGCUCCGCCUCUCUCACCCUCCGCUUCUCUCACCCUCCGCCUCUCUCACCCUCCGCCUCUCUCAUCCUCCGCCUCUCUCACCCUCCGCCUCUCUCACGCUCCGCCUCUCUCACGCUCCGCCUCUCUCACCCUCCGCUUCUCUCACCCUCCGCCUCUCUCACCCUCCGCCUCUCUCAUCCUCCGCCUCUCUCACCCUCCGCCUCUCUCACGCUCCGCCUCUCUCACGCUCCGCCUCUCUCACCCUCCGCUUCUCUCACCCUCCGCCUCUCUCACCCUCCGCCUCUCUCAUCCUCCGCCUCUCUCACCCUCCGCCUCUCUCACGCUCCGCCUCUCUCACCUCCGCCUCUCUCACCCUCCGCCUCUCUCACCCUCCGCUUCUCUCACCCUCCGCCUCUCUCACCCUCCGCUUCUCUCACCCUCCCGCCUCUCUCACCCUCCGCCUCUCUCACGCUCCGCCUCUCUCACCUCCGCCGCCUCUCUCACCCUCUGCCUCUCUCACCCUCCGCCUCUCUCACCUCCGCCUCUCUCACGCUCCGCCUCUCUCAUCCUCCGCUUCUCUCACCCUCCGCCUCUCUCACCCUCCGCUUCUCUCACCCUCCGCCUCUCUCACCUCCGCCUCUCUCACCUCCGCCUCUCUCACGCUCCGCCUCUCUCACCCUCCGCUUCUCUCACCCUCCGCCUCUCUCACCCUCCGCCUCUCUCAUCCUCCGCCUCUCUCACCCUCCGCCUCUCUCACGCUCCGCCUCUCUCACCUCCGCCUCUCUCACCCUCCGCCUCUCUCACCCUCCCGCCUCUCUCACCCUCCGCCUCUCUCACGCUCCGCCUCUCUCACCUCCGCCUCUCUCACGCUCCGCCUCUCUCACCUCCGCCGCCUCUCUCACCCUCCGCCUCUCUCACCCUCCGCCUCUCUCACCCUCCGCCUCUCUCACCCUCCGCUUCUCUCACCCUCCGCCUCUCUCACCCUCCGCCUCUCUCAUCCUCCGCCUCUCUCACCCUCCGCCUCUCUCACGCUCCGCCUCUCUCACCUCCGCCUCUCUCACCUCCGCCUCUCUCACGCUCCGCCUCUCUCACCCUCCGCUUCUCUCACCCUCCGCCUCUCUCACCCUCCGCCUCUCUCAUCCUCCGCCUCUCUCACCCUCCGCCUCUCUCACGCUCCGCCUCUCUCACGCUCCGCCUCUCUCACCCUCCGCUUCUCUCACCCUCCGCCUCUCUCACCCUCCGCCUCUCUCAUCCUCCGCCUCUCUCACCCUCCGCCUCUCUCACGCUCCGCCUCUCUCACGCUCCGCCUCUCUCACCCUCCGCUUCUCUCACCCUCCGCCUCUCUCACCCUCCGCCUCUCUCAUCCUCCGCCUCUCUCACCCUCCGCCUCUCUCACGCUCCGCCUCUCUCACCUCCGCCUCUCUCACCCUCCGCCUCUCUCACCCUCCGCUUCUCUCACCCUCCGCCUCUCUCACCCUCCGCUUCUCUCACCCUCCCGCCUCUCUCACCCUCCGCCUCUCUCACGCUCCGCCUCUCUCACCUCCGCCGCCUCUCUCACCCUCUGCCUCUCUCACCCUCCGCCUCUCUCACCUCCGCCUCUCUCACGCUCCGCCUCUCUCAUCCUCCGCUUCUCUCACCCUCCGCCUCUCUCACCCUCCGCUUCUCUCACCCUCCGCCUCUCUCACCUCCGCCUCUCUCACCUCCGCCUCUCUCACGCUCCGCCUCUCUCACCCUCCGCCUCUCUCACCCUCCGCCUCUCUCACCCUCCGCCUCUCUCACCCUCCGCCUCUCUCAUGGGGAGAUGCAUCGACAGGGGGGUAGCUUGGGGGGGUUGCUUGGGCAUGGGGAGAUGCAUCGACAGGGGGGUUGCUUGGGCAUGGGGAGAUGCAUCGACAGGGGGGUUGCUUGGGCAUGGGGAGAUGCAUCGACAGGGGGGUUGCUUGGGCAUGGGGAGAUGCAUCGACAGGGGGGUAGCUAGGGUAUGGGGAGAUGCAUCGGCUACCCUAUCAUUCUCCCUUCCCCUUGCUUACCCCUGUCAACCACCCGUUCUCCCUGCUACCCCUAUCAUUCUCUCUUCCCCCUGCUACCCCUAUCAUAAUCCCUUCCCCUUGCGGCCCCUGUCAUUCUCCCUUCCCCUUGCGGCCCCUGUCAUUCUCCCUUCCCCUUGCGGCCCCUGUCAUUCUCCCUUCCCCUUGCGGCCCCUGUCAUUCUCCCUUCCCCUUGCGGCCCCUGUCAUUCUCCCUUCCCCUUGCGGCCCCUGUCAUUCUCCCUUCCCCUUGCGGCCCCUGUCAUUCUCCCUUCCCCUUGCGGCCCCUGUCAUUCUCCCUUCCCCUUGCGGCCCCUGUCAUUCUCCCUUCCCCUUGCGGCCCCUGUCAUUCUCCCUUCCCCUUGCGGCCCCUGUCAUUCUCCCUUCCCCUUGCUACCCCUGUCAUCCACCCUUCCCUGCCCACCAUCUCUCUCUUGCACCAACCCCGCACGCAUGGCAGGUGGUGGUGCGGGUUUGGAGCAGAGUGUUGGGCGCACAGCCGGGGCAGUGCGUGCAGGCGGGCAGCAAGGAGGGCAGUGCUGCAGAGGGCCCUGCAGGGGAGCGGGGGAGGCGGGGCAGGGGAGGCGGGGGGUAG